AUCAUAAAACAUGAUGAGUGAUGCAGUAAUGCACUUUGGUAUUUUGGAUAUCUGAAGUAUGUUAGCGUCAUACUAGAUCUUUUUCUGUUCCUUUCUUUAUGGAGCACCUUUUUGAUCUCCUUUCAACUAAAUAUGGCCCCAUCCAAAUUCAAAAAACCAACAAGGUGGCUGCUAAUACAGUGUCUAAAACCACUAGAUGAUGAUCUGUCUUUUAUAUACAGUUUGUGGCAGCUGUUCCCAAACUUAACAGCUUGCACACAUAAAAUUCAUCCUCCCAGCAGAGAUUAUUUAAAUACAGAUGAUUCAACCUCAUAGUCAGUGCAAAACCUAUUUACUGCAUACUCCUUUGGUAAGUUGUGUUUAUUUGCAGUAGUGCUGUUGCUCACGUUACCUGUGAAUGCUGAACACAAGGUUACGCAUGUUGGUUUUUACAGGAUAAACAGGUUUAUUACAGUCAAGUGUGUUGCUGUAGACAGACAUAACACAGAUGCCACAGAUGUUUGAGACAUCACUUUAAAACCUGCAAAAAUGAAAUUGAGCUUCAUUUUCCUCAACACCUGAGCAGAAAGGCUGAUGACACACACUGACCGGUUUCUGGGCUUGGACUUCUACAGAGGGAUCUAAAAACAGCAGACUAGAAGGAGUGCAGAAGUGCACAAGGAGACAACCUUGAAGAUAAAUCAAAUUUUAAAAAGCUGAUCAUGGACUACGCUGAACGUAUCUUGUCGCUUACCACAACCAUCAAAAAGAUGGCUGACACUAUGAAGUCCAAUAAGGAGCGCUGCAGAAGGAUUGCAGAAAGAGUCCAAGCCGUGGAAAGGCUGGUUAUAAACAUCACACAGAGUGAUCCAAGCCAAAUAUCUGAUACUGUUGAUGGAGCUCUGAGGGAACUCUACGUCAUCUUGAAUUCUGCCAAGGAUCUGAUAGCAAAAUUCUCACAAACCAAGUCUGUUAAGACCUUCUUCAAGGCUGGAAACAUUGAAGAAAAGUUCAGCGAGGUGAACCAAAGGCUCACAGAGAACUUCCAGGUCCUUUCUGGUGCUCUGCAGAUUGAGCACACCACCAUGCUGCAAAAGGUGUAUGAAGCUGUUUCAAAACAAAGUACUGAGGAAGAGGUUUGCAGUAUGAUGGCUAAUACUAGUCUCACACCCCCUAUGUUUCCCCCUGCCCCGGUGUCAAGUCCUACAGUUCCUAUGCUUCCCUUUGCCCCGAUGUCAAGUCCUACAGCUUCUGUGCUUCCGCCUCUUCCACUGCCCAGUCCUAUAGGUUUUAUACUUCCACCUGCUCCAUUGUCCAGUCCUACAGCUUCUAUGAGUCAGCCUGCUCCAUUGUCAGGGUCUCUAUAUCCUCAGCUUCCUCCCACACCAGUGUCUAGCCCUACAAAUCUUAUACUUCCCUCUAUGCCAGUGUCUGCACCUUUUGCAGCCCAGCCUCUCUACAAUACUACAACAUCUCACUUUAUCGUUAACAACAACAUAGCCUCCACCCCUGUCAUUCAAGCCAUUUCCCAGGGGUCAGUCACUGACAACGCGAACACCAUGCCUGUCUUCAGAACUGUUCGCUCAAAACCCACCAGCUCAUGUGGUCAAGAAGCUAUGUUAAACUAAAAAAAAACCCACAAAGGCUUUCCUAAGGAAGUUUGUUUAACUUGUUUACAGUUAAGAAUGAAACUAAACAUAAGACUGCAGUCAAGGUCAAUUUGGGACCAUCUUGCAAUGGGUUCACAUCAACCACAUCAUGAGCGAAGCCUUCUUUUCGAUGUCAGCUACACAGUUAUGCUGAGUUUUGUGACUAUUUGGUCAUUUUAAUCUUUAAAGCGGACCCAUUAUCACUCAUUUGUAUUUGUCUGUGUUUCUCCUGAUUGGCUGCCAUUGUGAACAACGUUGGUGCAGCUGGUGGCUGGGACUUCUGCCGGACAUGACCUUAUUAGGGUUAUACCCUCUCACUGGUGUCACAUGCAGCAAAGAAUAGAAAAAACACCAUGUGAAGCAUCAUGAAGGCUGAGCUUUGUGCUCACAGAGAUUACUUGUACUUACCCAGAUCAUCAUUUGAAACUUUGGUUUAAAAGUUUAAAAUGAGCAUCCACCAUCGAAACGCGACAUAUAAGUGGUCACAUCUGACUGCAAAAAAACAAAUAUACAAGCAGCUAAACUGCAAAUAUUGAUGCUCUAAGUGACAGCAUGGUGUGUCUUUACAUCUUUUAUAUACAGUCUGUGGUUACGACUUAAUAAGGCAAUUUUAUGAUUUAAAAAAAUCCAGAAAGGCUAGCAGCUAAUAGAUAAUAAUAAAAAGAGUUGUGAGUACUUUGUUUUGGGAAAAUAUCUUCUUAGAUUGGGGGGAAUCACUUCUGUAAUCCCUCCUGAAACGUCUUCAGCCUGUAGCAUAGUUAUGCUUGGUGACUGGGAAAUAGUGAAUGUAACUUCAGUCUUGGAAAAUUGUUUCGUGUAAGAAACUAGUGCAAGUAGCUUCUGUUGCUUUCUGUUGGAUUUCUUUUCAGUUUGAUAUAUUUUGCUUUAUUAUUCUUAAGUAAUUUACAACUUGUUUUGCUGGUGAACCUAUAAUAAAUCAUUUGUACGUUCAUCCAAUCAAAUUCAAGCUGUCUGAGCGUUUUAUCUGAAGACUUUAUGGAUUCAGCUGGCCAUCCUCUCACCUCUCACUUCUGCUGCCAAAAUAACAGCAACAUUCCAGUUUGCUAAAACACUAACGCUGAGGCUUCAGAAUGAAUCAAACCUAUAUUCAAUCAUUCAUUCAAGUUUAUAGCGACAGAAAGUUUUGCAAUAAAUAAAAAUACUGUCUAAAUAUGUUAAGCACUCUGUUCUACAUGGAGUGAUUUUACAGUUAUCUUUAAGUCCAUCUCUUAGAAGCUAAAUGUAAUCUUUUACUCCAUUCAGUGUACCUGCAUGAUGGUUAUGCACACCACUUACAGCUGUGAGAUUUUCAUUGCAAUGUUUUGCAAACAUCACAGGUAUUACUCCUUUAGAAAAAUCACUGCAUGGCGGAUAACACAUAUUUUGGUGACCAUUUUCCUGAAACAUUUGGUACUCACUGUGUUUAACAGACACAUCUUGGCCAAGUAGAAUGUGGCUUGUUGGUAUUUCAGUGUAUUUUUGCUCAGACCUGGCUGGCUGUCAAAAAGUUAAUGAGAUAUUCUGAUCAGUGUUAAACACAAUUUACUAUCAGCAAAAUCACAUACAAAUAACUCACACCAUUAUGGAAUUAUGGUUCUGUGUUCAACCAUCAAUAUCCCUACUUUCAAAUCAUGCAGCUUGAUGGUUUGAGUUAUCUUCUCACAUUCACACUGUCACCCACUAAUCUACCAAAGUUGAAGUUGGAUCAUGCGCACACACAAUAUUCAGACAUGUGAAAAACUUGGAUGUGAGGUGGGACUCUGGAAAAGCAAAGUCAGCCGUGGCUCGUAUUUAAGUUUGAGGCAGGGAUGACCUGAUGCUCCAGCUCACUUUCAAGUGUCGCCUUGUUAAGGAUGGACUGACAGAACUCUGGCAUGUUGACUUUGCAGGCCUUUGUCAGCACGAGGUUCAACUCUGGAAAGUAACAAACACAUAAAAGUGUAUUUUUUUUGUGAGUGUGUGUGUACCCCUGCCGUCUGUCCAUGCUGUUUAUUUGUGCCCUUGGUCUCUCCCCAUUCUUUUCAUUGUAUAGUUUUUUUUUUAGUGGGUUUGUCAUUCCUUUUGUUUAUAAGGAUCAUUUGUGAUUAAGAUUCAUUUUGUUUGUAAUAUAGGUUGUAUUGUUUCUAUUUAUCCUGCUGUCAUUUGUUAUGUCCUCCACCACUCUCUGUUUGUCUUUUGCCUUCCAAGUCCUGCUUCUUAGGUUAUGUUUGGCUACGGCCUCUGUGUGUCUCGUCUAUAUAGUAUUUAGUUAAUCUCCUUUUAUAUUCCUAUUCUGUUCCUCCAGUCUUGUCAUUGAA